AUGCGAUUCAAGUGCGCGGCCAAAUGGUGGUAUGCGCUGAUCAACAAUCCCAGGUUCGUAGGCAAUCAGCUCUCCAAUUGCUUGCACAACAAUCAAUCAAUCUUUUUGAAGCGAUUAGUCCCUAAUAAGGACCCGAAUGCUAGCGAGACCGAAUAUGUGUUCUCAGUGCUUACUUUUUGCGAGGAUGCAGAUGGUGGUGCGCAUAGGUUUCUGUUGUCUAGGGUGGAGGACAUCAAUGUUCCAGUUUCUAUGAGUGUAAUGAUUGGUGGUGAAGAACUUAAGAUUGUAGGCCAUUGUCAUGGAAUCAUUUGUGUACACGUAGAUAAUUAUAGUAAGGUGUUUUUGUGGAAUCCGGCAAUUCAGGAAUUCAAGCUUCUUCCCUCAGAGAAAUACUUAACGGAUUGGGAGUCCCAAGUUUAUCCGCGUGCCCCGUACCUAUCAUUAGGUGAUCGGCUCGGAUGGGCCAUGGGAUUUGGCUAUGAUCCCAUAUCUAAAGCUUAUAAAGUUGUUAGCAUUAUGUUUUAUGGUUCGCAAAGGCAUGCUCAUACAUUAUAUUCUGUGGUAAUUUAUCCUCUGAGAGUACAAGUGUACACGCUGGGAAGUAGUGAAGAAUCUUCUUCUUGGAGAGACAUCAAGACUUACUCUUUGGAAACAGAAACUACUUUCCUUUGGCCUGAAGGUUUCGAGAUAUACUUGAAGGGGAUGUGUUAUUGGUUGGGAACUGAGCAACAAAAGGAAUUCGUGCAUGAGGAGGAAAUUCGAUAUGAAGAAAGGAUUAGGCAAGUGAUGGUUUCGUUUGACAUGAGCGAUGAGGUGUUUGAUGAGGUAACGUUACCAGAUGAGCUGCUAGACCAUGAAAGAACUUUUUUAGGGCUUUUCAUGCUGCUUACAGUGUGGAAUGAAUCUUCCAUUGCUCUUUGUGUUUGGCAUAACAGUUGUGAUGUUAGUCCAUACUUUGGAAUGUGGCUGUUGGAUAAUGAUUUUGGUGCUUGUGUUUGGACAAAACACGCAGGUUUUGAGCUCACAUCAAUCCCCAUAAUGGACCUCAGGGAGGGCGGAUGUGUAUUGGCACUCUGGAAAAGCGAUGACCUUCUUGUGGUUGACGAAGAUGGAUGCACAAUCUGCUAUAACCUCUGCACCGAAAACCGAAUGUCUCUUCCUACUAUACAAGUUUGUAUGACGAAUAUGGAUUCGCCAAUUGUUUAUGUGAAUAGUAUAGUUUCGAUAGGUCUUGGGAGACAUCAAACUUGA